GCUCCCUCCUUCCUGCUGUUGCUGCCGACACCGACGGUUGGGUCGUGGCUCAGUGAGCCCCUGUUGCACGGAACAAGGAAGGGGACCUCCAGGGAGCUCAGGACUGCUCAGCUUAGCUAACCCUGCACUAUCCCAAGAAUCCUCCUCCCAAGGUCGGGGACAGAGCAGGUGCAGACGUUGCUGAGCCUCCUGAAUGAUGCCAGCCCAAUGUUUCCUAACCUCCAGCCUGGCCCUCCUGGUGCUGCUGGACACAGUCAGAGCAGGCCCUUUCUCUCCACGGUACAACGUGACACUCCCUGCCCCGCGGCCGCCUCCCCAGCCAGGGGGCCGGACAGCAGAGCCAAGAGGGGGAAGCCCUUCCUCUCAGCUUUAUGAGCACAACGUGGAAGGAGGGGAAAAGCAGGUGGUGUUCACCCACCGCAUUAACCUGCCCCCUUCAGCUGGCUGUGGCUGUCCACCUGGCACUGAGCCUCCCAUCCCCGCUUCAGAGGUGCAGGCCCUGAGGGUCCGCCUGGAGAUCCUGGAGGAGCUGGUGAAGGGGCUCAAGGAACAGUGCACAGGGGGAUGUUGUCCUGCUGCUGCGCAGGCUGGCACAGGCCAGACAGACGUUCGCAGCCUCUGCAGUCUCCAUGGCGUGUUUGACCUGAGUCGCUGUGCCUGUUCCUGCGAGCCAGGCUGGGGUGGGCCCACCUGCUCGGACCCCACAGACGCCAGGGUAACCCCCUCCUCCCCACCCUCAGCCUCUGGGUCCUGCCCUGAUGACUGCAACGAUCAGGGUCGCUGUGUCCGUGGUCGUUGCGUGUGCUUCCCUGGCUACAGCGGCCCCAGCUGUGGCUGGCCCUCCUGCCCCAAGGACUGCCACGGCCGCGGACGCUGCGUGCAGGGCGUGUGCGUGUGCCGGACGGGCUUCUCAGGCGAGGACUGCAGCCUGCGCUCCUGCCCUCGAGGCUGCAGUCAGAGGGGGCGCUGCGAGGACGGCCGCUGCGUGUGCGAUCCCGGCUACACUGGCGAGGACUGUGGGAAGAAGGGCUGCCCUCGAAGUUGCAGCCAGAGGGGGCGCUGCGAGAAUGGGCGCUGUGUGUGCAACCCUGGCUACACUGGCGAAGACUGUGCUGUGAGGAGCUGCCCUCGGGGCUGCAGCCAGAAGGGGCGCUGCGAGGACGGGCGCUGCGUCUGUGACCCUGGCCACACUGGGGAGGACUGCGGUGCACGGACCUGCCCGUGGGACUGUGGCGAGGGCGGGCGUUGCGUGGACGGGCGUUGCGUGUGCUGGCCAGGGUACACGGGCGACGACUGCAGCACGCGGACCUGUCCGCGCGACUGCCGGGGUCGCGGGCGCUGCGAGGAUGGCGAAUGCAUCUGCGACGCAGGCUACAGCGGAGACGACUGCGGCGUACGCAGCUGCCCCCUCGACUGCAGCCAAAGGGGCCGCUGCGAGGACGGCCGCUGCGUGUGCUGGCCCGGGUACACUGGACCUGACUGCGGCGCGCGUGCCUGCCCGCGUGACUGUCGAGGCCGCGGGCGCUGCGAAAACGGCGUGUGCGUGUGCAACGCGGGCUACAGUGGCGAGGAUUGCGGCGUGCGCAGCUGUCCUGGGGACUGUCGUGGCCGCGGCCGUUGCGAGAAUGGCCGCUGCGUGUGUUGGCCUGGUUAUACAGGCCGGGACUGCAGCACGCGUGCCUGCCCUGGCGACUGUCGUGGGCGCGGGCGCUGUGUGGACGGCCGCUGCGUGUGCAAUCCAGGCUUCACGGGCGACGACUGCGGGAGCCGUCGGUGCCCCGGCGACUGCCGCGGCCGAGGCCGCUGUGAGGAUGGCAUGUGCAUGUGCAGCACAGGCUACGAGGGGGAGGACUGUGGCACUCGCAGCUGCCCAGGAGGUUGCCGAGGCCGCGGCCAGUGCCUGGACGGGCGCUGUGUGUGCGACGAUGGCUACUCAGGCGAGGACUGCGGCAUGAGGCGGUGCCCGCGCGACUGCAGUCAGCAUGGCGUGUGCCAGGACGGUGUGUGCGCCUGUUGGGAGGGCUACGCGGGCGAGGACUGCGGCCUCCGUACCUGCCCCUCCAACUGCCAUGGGCGCGGCCGCUGUGAGGAGGGACGCUGCGUGUGCGACUCAGGCUACACUGGCCCCUCCUGCGCCACCCGCACCUGCCUGGCGGACUGCCGAGGCCGUGGGCGCUGUGUGCAGGGAGUGUGUGUGUGCUACGCGGGCUAUAGCGGCGAGGACUGUGGGCAAGAAGAGCCCCCCGCCAGCGCCUGCCCUGGGGGGUGUGGGCCCCGGGAACUAUGCCGCUCAGGCCAGUGUGUAUGUGUUGAGGGCUUCCGAGGCCCAGACUGUGCCAUCCAAACGUGCCCUGCGGACUGCCGUGGCCGUGGAGAGUGUCGUGACGGCAGCUGCGUCUGCCAAGAUGGCUAUGCAGGGGAGGACUGUGGGGAAGAGGUGCCAGCCAUUGAAAGCAUGAGGAUGCACCUCCUGGAAGAGACAACAGUUCGGACAGAGUGGACCCGGGCUCCUGGCACUGUGGAUGCCUAUGAAAUUCAGUUCAUCCCCACGACAGAGGGGGUGAGCCCCCCAUUCACAGCACGGGUGCCCAGCUCUGCCUCAGCCUAUGACCAGAGAGGAUUGGACCCUGGUCAGGAGUACCAGGUCACUAUCCGUGCCCUUCGAGGGACUAACUGGGGCCCUCCUGCCUCCAAGACCAUCACCACCAUGAUCGAUGGCCCCCAGGACCUCCGAGUGGUGGCCGUGACACCAACCACACUGGAGCUUGGCUGGUUGCGCCCCCAGGCCGAGGUGGACAGGUUCGUGGUGUCCUAUGUCAGUGCUGGCAACCAAAGGGUGCGGCUGGAAGUGCCCUCAGAGGCAGAUGGGACGCUGCUCACCGAUCUGAUGCCAGGCGUGGAAUAUGUGGUGACUGUCACGGCGGAGCGGGGCCAGGCAGUAAGCUACCCGGCUUCCAUCCGAGCUAACACAGAAGGCGUCGACCGGGUGGCUACGCCCCGCCACCCAAAGCCCGAAGUGCUGGGCAGUUCCGCCGACGGCGCCCUACUUGUGUCCCUCGACGGGCUCCGCGGCCACUUCGAGCGCGUGGUGCUGCGUUGGCGUCCCCAGGUGCCCGCAGAGGGCCCCGGCGGGGAGCUGACCGUGCCGGGCACCACGCGCACAGUCAGCCUACCCGACCUCAGGCCCGGCACCACCUACCACGUGGAGGUCCACGGGGUGCGGGCAGGGCAGACCUCCAAGUCCUACGCCUUCAUUACUACCACAGGAUCGUCCCCCUCUGGCCUCUUGGGGGCCACUGAUGAGCCUCCUCCCUCAGGCCCCUCAACGACUCAAGGGGUCCAGGCCCCCAUCCUGCAGCAACGCCCCCAGGGGCUGGGAGAAUUGAGGGUGCUGGGCAGAGACAAGACAGGGCGCCUCCAAGUGGCCUGGACCGCCCAGCCUGACACCUUUGCCCACUUCCAUCUGCAACUGCGGGUGCCCAAGGGGCCAGGGGCACAUGAGGAACUACUGCCAGGGGAUGUCCACCAGGCUCUGGUGCCCUCACCUCCUCCUGGAGCCCCCUAUGAGCUGUCACUUCGUGGGGUUCCCCCAGAGGGCGAGCCCUCCGCCCCUCUCGUCUACCAAGGCAUUAUGGACAGGGAUGGGGAGAAGCCUGGGAAGCCCAUGGCUCCACCACGCCUGAGUGAGCUGACAGUGAUGGAUGGGACCUCCAACUCCCUGCUCCUGCACUGGACAGUCCCCGAGGGCGAGUUUGACUCCUUCGUGAUCCAGUACAAGGACAGGGAUGGGCCCCAGGUGGUGCCUGUGGAGGGACCCCAGCGGUCAGCCCUCAUCACCAAUCUGGACCUUGGCCGCAAGUACAAAUUCAUCCUGUAUGGACUCGUGGGCAAGAAGAAGCACGGCCCCCUGGUGGCUGAAGCCAAGAUCUUGCCUCAGAGUGAUCCCAGCCCAGUACCUCCACCCCGCCUGGGAAAACUGUGGGUAACAGACCCCACCCCAGACUCGCUGCAUCUCUCCUGGACUGUCUCUGAGGGCCAGUUUGACUCCUUCAUGGUCCAGUACAGAGACAAGGAUGGACGGCCCCAGGUGGUGCCUGUGGAGGGCCCCGAGCGCUCAGUCACUGUCUUCCCCCUGGACCCUAACCAAAAAUACAGAUUCAACCUGUUUGGAAUUGCCAACAAGAAGCGGCACGGCCCCCUCACUGCUGAUGGCACCACGGACCCCCAGGAGGUCGUGGACGAGCCCCCCAGCCCCACAGAACCCAGCACAGAUGCUCCAGAGCCCCCUGAGGAGCCCCUCCUGGGGGAGCUGACAGUGACAGGAUCCUCCCCAGACUCGCUGAGCCUCUCCUGGACUGUCCCCCAGGGCCACUUUGACUCCUUCACUGUCCAGUACAAGGACAGGGAGGGGCGGCCCCAGGUGGUGCGUGUUGGGGGCGAGGAGAGUGAGGUCACUGUUGGAGGCCUGGAGCCGGGGCACAAGUACAAGAUGCACCUGUACGGCCUGCACGGGGGGCAGCGCAUGGGCCCCGUGUCCACUACAGGCCUGACGGCUCCACAAACAGAAGAGACUCCUCCAGCCACCGAGCCCCCACUGAAGCCACGCCUGGGGGAGCUGACAGUGACAGGUGUGACCCCCAACUCUGUGGGCCUCUCAUGGACAGUCCCUGAGGGCCAGUUUGACUCCUUCGUGGUCCAGUACAAGGACAGGGAUGGGCAGCCCCAGGUGGUGCCUGUGGCCCCAGACCAGUGCGAGGUCACCGUUCCCAGCCUGGAGCCCAGUAGGAAAUACAAGUUCCUGCUCUUUGGAAUCCAGGAUGGGAAGCGACGCAGCCCAGUCUCUGUGGAGGCAAAGACAGCUGCCCAAGGUGACGCUGGCCCAGGGGCCCCACCCCACCUUGGGGAGCUGUUGGUGACGGACCCCACCCAGGACUCGCUGCGCCUCUCCUGGACAGUCCCUGAGGGCCACUUCGACUCCUUUGUGGUCCAGUUCAAGGACAGGGAUGGGCCACGGGUGGUGCCUGUGGACGGCCACGAACGUUCUGUCACCAUCACCCCUCUGGACACUGGCCGCAAGUACAGAUUCCUCCUCUAUGGCCUCCUGGGCAAGAAGCGCCACGGGCCCCUCACCGCCGACGGCACCACAGAGACCCAGGAUAAUGUGGAUGAUGCUGGAACAAAGCAUCCUCCAAAACCCCGUCUAGGAGAGGAACUGCAGGUGACCAGUGCGACACCAGACUCCGUGAGCCUCUUGUGGACUGUCCCCGAGGGCCAGUUUGAGUCCUUUGUGAUCCAGUAUAAGGACAGCAAUGGGCAGCCCCGGGUGGUGCCUGUGGACGGCAGCGUCAGGGAGGUCAGCAUCUCAGGCCUGGAGCCUGCCCACAGGUACAAGCUGCUGCUCUACGGACUGCAUGGAGGCAAGCGUGUGGGUCCCGUCUCCACCACUGCCGUGACUGCCCUCAGGGGAGAAACCGAAUCUGAGACUGAGGCCUCAAGCCCUCCAGUGCUGGAGCCCCACCUGGGGGAGGUGACUGUGAAGGAAGCCACCCUGCACACCCUGCAUCUCUCCUGGACAGUGACUGGGGGAGAAUUCAACUCCUUUGAGGUCCAGUAUACAGAUGAAGAUGGGCAACAGCAAGUAGUCAGGUUGGAGGGGGACCGGAACGACAUCACCCUCUCUGGCCUGGAACCAGACCGCAGAUACUUGGUGAACCUCUACGGUCUCCAUGGCCGGCAGCGUGUGGGUCCUGCCCACAUCGAGGUCCUGACAGUCCCAAGGGAGGAAGAGAAUGAACCUUCAGAGCUUCCCACCAUGACCCCCCAGUCUCCCACCAAGCCUCGCCUGGGGGAGCUGGCAGUGACAGAUGCCACCCCCAACUCCCUGCACCUCUCCUGGACCAUCCCCGAGGGCCAGUUUGACCACUUCCUGGUCCAGUACAAGAACGGGGACGGGCAGGCGGUGCGGGUGCAGGGGCACGAGGACGGGGUCACCAUCUCGGGCCUGGAGCCAGACCACAAGUACAAGAUGAACCUGUAUGGCUUCCACGGUGGCCAGCGAGUGGGCCCCGUCUCUGCCAUCGGGGUGACAGCUCCAGAGGAAAAGCCCCCCAGCCCCCCAGAACCCAGCUCGGAGACCCCAGAGCCCCCUGAGGAGCUCCUCCUGGGGGAGCUGACAGUGACAGGGUCCUCCCCAGACUCGCUGAGCCUCUCCUGGACCGUCCCCCGGGGCCACUUUGACUCCUUCACUGUCCAGUACAAGGACAGGGAGGGGCGGCCCCAGGUGGUGCGUGUUGGGGGCGAGGAGAGUGAGGUCACCGUUGGAGGCCUGGAGCCGGGGCGCAAGUACAAGAUGCACCUGUACGGCCUGCACGGUGGACAGCGUGUGGGCCCCGUGUCCACUGUGGGCGUGACCGCCCCACGAAAGGACCGAGAAAUGACCCCAGACCCAAGACACCCACCCACCACCACCCCCGAGCCUCCCACCAAGCCUCACCUGGGGGAGUUGACAGUGACAGAUGCCACCCCCGACUCCCUGCACCUCUCCUGGACCAUCCCUGAGGGCCAGUUUGACCACUUCCUAGUCCAGUACAAGAACGGGGACGGGAAGCCCAAGGCGGUGCGGGUGCAGGGGCACGAGGACGGGGUCACCAUCUCGGGCCUGGAGCCAGACCACAAGUACAAGAUGAACCUGUAUGGCUUCCAUGGUGGCCAGCGAGUGGGCCCCGUCUCUGCCAUCGGGGUGACAGCUGCAGAGGAAGAGCCCCCCAGCCCCACAGAACCCAGCUCGGAGGCCCCAGAGCCCCCUGAGGAGCCCCUCCUGGGGGAGCUGACAGUGACAGGGUCCUCCCCAGACUCGCUGAGCCUCUCCUGGACCGUCUCCCAGGGCCACUUUGACUCCUUCACUGUCCAGUACAAGGACAGGGAGGGGCGGCCCCAGGUGGUGCGUGUUGGGGGCGAGGAGAGUGAGGUCACCGUUGGAGGCCUGGAGCCGGGGCGCAAGUACAAGAUGCACCUGUACGGCCUGCACGGCGGACAGCGCGUGGGCCCCGUGUCCACUGUGGGCAUGACCGCCACCAAGGAACUUCUGGACAAUAUCUCCAGCUCUACAGAGGUAAAAGACACCCCCAGCCCGACAGAACCCAGCUCAGAGGCCCCUGAUUAUGCUGAGGAGCCCCUUCUGGGGGAGCUGACAGUGACAGGAUCCUCUGCAGACUCGCUGAGCCUCUCCUGGACUGUUCCCCAGGGCCACUUUGACUCCUUCACUGUCCAGUACAAGGACAGGGAGGGGUGGCCUCAGGUGGUGCAUGUCAGGGGUGAGGAGAGUGAGGUCACUGUUGGAGGCCUGGAGCCGGGGCGCAAGUACAAGAUGCACCUGUACGGCCUACACGGGGGGCAGCGUGUGGGCCCUGUGUCCACCAUCGGGGUGACAGCUCCAGACUACAAAGCCAUGACCACCCAAACCCCAUCCACCACGACCCCCGAGCCUCCCACCAAGCCUCGCCUGGGGGAGUUGACAGUGACAGACGCCACCCCCGACUCCCUGCACCUCUCCUGGACCGUCCCCGAGGGCCAGUUUGACCACUUCCUGGUCCAGUACAAGAAUGGGGACGGGCAGCCCAAGGCGGUGCGGGUGCAGGGGCAUAAGGACGGGGUCACCAUCUCGGGCCUGGAGCCAGACCACAAGUACAAGAUGAACCUGUAUGGCUUCCACGGUGGCCAGCGAGUGGGCCCCGUCUCUGCCAUCGGGGUGACAGCUGCAGAGGAAGAGCCCCCCAGCCCCACAGAACCCAGCUCGGAGGCCCCAGAGCCCCCUGAGGAGCCCCUCCUGGGGGAGCUGACAGUGACAGGAUCCUCCCCAGACUCGCUGAGCCUCUCCUGGACCGUCUCCCAGGGCCACUUUGACUCCUUCACUGUCCAGUACAAGGACAGGGAGGGGCAGCCCCAGGUUGUGCGUGUUGGGGGUGAAGAGAGCGAGGUCACCGUUGGAGGCCUGGAGCCGGGGCGCAAGUACAAGAUGCACCUGUACGGCCUGCACGGCGGACAGCGCAUGGGCCCCGUGUCCACUGUGGGUGUGACUGCUCCAGACUACAAAGCCAUGACCACCCAAACCCCAUCCACCAUGACCCCCGAGCCUCCCACCAAGCCUCGCCUGGGGGAGCUGGCAGUGACAGACGCCACCCCCGACUCCCUGCACCUCUCCUGGACCGUCCCCGAGGGCCAGUUUGACCACUUCUUGGUCCAGUACAAGAAUGGGGAUGGGCAGCCCAAGGCGGUGCGGGUGCAGGGGCACGAGGACGGGGUCACCAUCUCGGGCCUGGAGCCAGACCACAAGUACAAGAUGAACCUGUAUGGCUUCCACGGUGGCCAGCGAGUGGGGCCCGUCUCUGCCAUCGGGGUGACAGCUGCAGAGGAAGAGCCCCCCAGCCCCACAGAACCCAGCUCGGAGGCCCCAGAGCCCCCUGAGGAGCCCCUCCUGGGGGAGCUGACAGUGACAGGAUCCUCCCCAGACUCGCUGAGCCUCUCCUGGACCGUCCCCCGGGGCCACUUUGACUCCUUCACUGUCCAGUACAAGGACAGGGAGGGGCAGCCCCAGGUGGUGCGUGUUGGGGGCGAGGAGAGUGAGGUCACCGUUGGAGGUCUGGAGCCGGGGCGCAAGUACAAGAUGCACCUGUACGGCCUGCAUGGCGGACAGCGUGUGGGCCCCGUGUCCACUGUGGGCGUGACCGCCCCCCUGUCCACAGAGCCCCUCAUGGUGCCCCGCCUGGGGGAGCUGGCUGUAGCCGCCAUGACCUCAGACACAGCGCGCCUCUCAUGGACAGUGGCCCAGGGACCCUUUGACUCUUUCCUGGUCCAGUACAAGGAUGCACAGGGACAGCCCCAGGCAGUGCCCAUUGGUGGAGACCUCCGUGAGGUCACUGUCUCGGGUCUGGACCCAGCCCACAAGUACAAGUUCCUACUCUUUGGACUCCGAGAUGGGAAACGGCUUGGCCCAGUGUCAACAGAAGCCAAGACCAACCCAGACAGGAAACAUUCUCCCCGCCUGGGGGAGCUGACAGUGAUGGAUGUGACCCCAGACUCUAUGCGCCUUUCAUGGACAGUACCUGAGGGCAAAUUUGACUCCUUCGUGGUCCAGUAUAAAGACAGGGUCGGGCAGCCUCAGGUGGUGCCGGUGGCCACAGACCAUCAUGAGGUCACCAUCACCCACCUGGAGCCCAAUAGGAAAUACAAGUUCCUGCUCUAUGGCCUGGCAGGCAGGAAGCGGCUGGGCCCCAUCUCUGCUGAUGGUACCACAGCUGCCCUGGAGAAGGAGCGGCAGCCCCUGCCCCGCCUGGGGGCACUGACAGUGACAGAUGAGACCCCAGACUCCCUGCGACUCUCAUGGACAGUGGCCCAGGGCUCCUUUGACUCCUUCGUGGUCCAGUACAGGGACACAAAUGGGCAACCUCGGGCAGUGUCUGUGGCUGAAGACCAGCGGGAGGUCACCAUAGAGGGCCUGGAGCCUGGCAGGAAGUACAAGUUUCUGCUCUAUGGGCUCCUCAAAGAACAGCGCCUGGGCCCCAUCUCCGUCCUGGGAGUGACAGCCCCAGAGGAGGACACAGCAGCCUCCUCCUGGCGCCCUGCCACAGAGGCCCCUGAGCCCCCUGAAGAGCCCCACCUAAGGGCACUGACAGUGAGCAGCGUGACCCCAGACUCCCUGCACCUCUCGUGGACUGUGGCUCAGGGCCCAUUUGACUCCUUCGUGGUCCAGUAUCAAGACAUAGAUGGGCGGCCCCAGGCUUUGCUUGUGGGUGGCGACCAGAACAAGGUCCUUGUGUCAGGCCUGGAGCCCAGCACUUCCUACAGGUUCUUCCUGUAUGGCCUUCGCAGAGGGAGCCGCCUAGGGCCCGUCUCAGCUGAGGGCACCACAGGGCCAGCUCCUGCAGGUCAGACCCCAGGGGAGCCAGGGCCCCACCUGUCCCAGCUGUCAGUGACUGACGUGACCACCAGUUCGAUGCGGCUCAACUGGGAGGCCCCACCUGGGGCCUUCGACUCCUUCCUGCUCCGCUUUGGGGUCCCAUCAGCAAGCACUCUGGAGCCGCAUCCCAGUCCCCUGAUGCAGCGGGAGCUGACAGUGUCAGGGACCCAGCGCUCAGCUGUGCUCCGGGACCUGCGUCCUGGCACUCUGUACAGUCUUACAUUGUAUGGGCUGCGUGGGCCCCACAAGGCUGACAGCAUCCAGGGCACAGCUCGUACCCUCAGCCCAGUUCUGGAAAGCCCCAGUGACCUCCAGUUCAGCGAAAUCGGGGAAACCUCAGCCAAGGUCAGCUGGAUGCCCCCACCAUCCAGAGUGGACAGUUUCAAAGUUUCCUACCAGCUAGCAGAUGGAGGGGAGCCACAGAGUGUGCAGGUGGAUGGCCGAGCUCAGACUCAGAAACUCAAGGGGCUGAUCCCAGGUGUUCACUAUGAGGUGACUGUGGUUUCUGUCCGUGGCUUUGAGGAGAGUGAGCCUCUCACAGGCUUCCUCACCACAGUACCUGAUGGCCCCACCCAGCUCCGAGCACUGAACUUGACUGAGGAAUCUGCCCUGCUGCACUGGAAACCCCCCCAGGCCCCUGUGGAUACAUAUGACGUCCAGGUCACAGCCCCAGGGGGUGAGCGGGCACCCCCUCUGCAGGCCUCAGCCCCUGGCAGUGCUGUGGACUACGCCCUGAGCAACCUCGAGCUCCACACCAACUACACAGCAACUGUACGCGGUCUUCGGGGCCCCAACCUCACCUCCCCAGCCAGCAUCACCUUCACCACAGGGCUGGAGGCACCCCAAGACUUGGAGGCCAAGGAAGUGACCCCCCGCACAGCCCUGCUCACUUGGACUGAACCCCAAAUUCCACCGAGUGGCUACCUGCUCAGCUUUGACACCCCUGGUGGACAGACCCAGGAGAUUCUGCUCCCAGGAGGGGCCACCUCUCAUCAGCUCCUGGGCCUCUUUCCCUCCACCUCCUACAGCGCAUGGCUCCGGGCCUUGUGGGGCGAGAGCCUCACACCACCCGUGUCCACCUCCUUCACCACUGGUGGACUGCGGGUCCCCUUCCCCAGGGACUGUGGAGAGGAGAUGGAGAAUGGGGCCAGGACCUCCAGGGCCACCACCAUCUUCUUCAAUGGCAACCGCGAGCGGCCCCUGAGCGUGUUUUGUGACAUGGAGACUGAUGGGGGCGGCUGGCUGGUCUUCCAGCGCCGCAUGGACGGGCAAACUGACUUCUGGAGGGACUGGGAGGACUAUGCCCAUGGUUUUGGGAACAUCUCCAGGGAGUUCUGGCUAGGCAACGAGGCCCUGCACAGCCUAACGAGAUCUGGUGACUACUCGCUGCGUGUGGACCUGCGGGCUGGGGAUGAGGCUGUAUUCGCCCAGUACGACUCCUUCAGAGUAGACUCGGCUGCUGAGAACUACCGCCUCCACCUGGAGGGCUACCAUGGCACUGCAGGGGACUCCAUGAGCUACCACAGCGGCAGUGUCUUUUCCGCCCGUGAUCGAGACCCCAACAAUUUGCUCAUCUCCUGUGCUGUUUCAUACCGCGGAGCCUGGUGGUACAGAAACUGCCACUAUGCCAACCUCAACGGGCUCUACGGGAGCACUGUGGACCACCAGGGAGUGAGCUGGUACUACUGGAAGGGCUUCGAGUUCUCCGUGCCCUUCACGGAAAUGAAGCUGAGACCAAGAGGCUACCGGCCCCAGGCCCAGGGAGGUUAAGCGCCUGCUCCCCUCUCCAGCGCCCCAGUACAACUGCCGAGCACUGAGGGGUCGCGCUGAGAGAAGAGCCAGGGGCCACCUUCACCACCCAGCCGCCUGAGGGAGCCUUCUCCACCAGCGAUCUCACAGCAUCAUGUUUACAGCGGGGAGGGAAGGGCUUUACCCGGGAGCAAUAAAAGGAGAAACUGAGACCCGG